AUGCCGCACCUAAACGGGAUGGUUCCCACGCUGCUGGACGGCCUGCAGAGCCAGGUCUCCCUCCACCUCGCCUGCUCCAAGUGCAGCCAGCAAGAGAACGAGAGCACCUACCUGCUGAAGGAGGUGGACCACAACUGCAUGAAGGAGAUUUUGCUGGCCAGGCGCAAGGGGAAGCCCUUGAUUCACGUGGCCCUACUAAAGAGAGCCCCGGGAGCCAGCUUCCACCUAGCCGUGCCGGGGCAGACUCCGCUUCUCACCUACGCAUCAGGAGCCAGCUUCAAAACCGUGCGGGCAUCUCCGCCCGCGGUCGAGGUGAAAGUCGGCUUGAAGAGUCACACCUUCGGGGUCUACGAGCAGUGGCUGGUCUUUGAUUUCGGCAGCCGGCCUGUCUUGGUCCAAAAGCUCCACGUCCGGCUGGGUCAGAAGGAAGCGGCCUGGCGGGUGGAUCCGGCCAACGAGUCGGGGAGCUGCUUCGUGCAGAGCGGGCGCUGGCACACCGGGAACCGUGUGGUGGUGCCCAGCGUGAGUCGCACGAGCAAGGAUGUGGAACUGUCGGCUAAGUACAAGGCCCCCUCCCUCUCGAUGGACUUUCAGCGCGGGGCCCGCGGGAAGCCCAUCACCCGCGUCAACUACCGUGAAGAGAUGCACAACUUCCUGUUCCGGGAAGAAGAAGCUCAACAGCUUUUGAUUUCCAAGCUCAACCUGCAUGCGGUGGUCUCUUUCGUAAAGUGUGUGGAAGUCUUACCAUCGGGAUUGAAGUUUGCUCCCCCAGGACAGCUCUACGCCCAGGUCCCGACCCCUUACUCAUUGACCAUGGACUCUGACGAAGGGUACCUGCUUCAACGCUCAGUCAGAACAGCCUUCCUGGCCCAGGAUCCACCGGCCAACAACCGAGUUUACGAGGUCUCCAUCGAGAAAGAAGGACUUACUGAAAGAAGUGUCUGUCUUCUCCUUCCUCAACGUUGCUGCACGGAGCUGGGCCUCCAAGCAGACACGCGUGCCAAGAUGGAAGUCCAGUUCCAAACUGACCAGUUCCAGUUCUGUCAAUGGCACCAGGCUGUGGACAACUUGUGGGAUGUGAAGCUGGUCUUUCCAGAUGUGACCACCUGCUCCAUCCCACGUGGUUCUUUGCAGGUGCCCUGGGGGAACGCGAAGCAGAAGCAAGCUCUUUUCUUCAUUACGGGCCAGGUGACCGAAGUCCGUAGAACCCCACCACUUUUGAUCUAUGGACCGUUUGGGACUGGGAAGACCUUCACGUUGGCCAAGACUACCCUGGAGAUCAUCAAGAAGCCCCAGACCCGUGUGCUUAUCUGCACCCACACCAACAGUGCGGCUGACAUCUACAUUCGCGAAUACUUCCAUAACUAUGCCAUCUCGUCACACCCUGAGGCUAUUCCGUUAAGGGUGAAAUCCACGUACCGUUCGGUCAAAGCAACCGACCCCAUUACCCUUCGCUACUGCUGUCUCUCUCCGAGCGGGGAAGAGUUUUGCCUCCCUACUAGAGAACAGAUCGAUCGGCACCGCAUUGUCCUCACGACCUGCAUGACCUCGAAAGAUCUUGGGUUGUCGCCCGGCUAUUUCACCCACAUCUUGAUUGAUGAGGCUGCCCAGAUGUUGGAGUGCGAAGCUCUAGUCCCUCUCUCUCUGGCUACCCUGAGAACCUUGAUCGUCCUGGCGGGGGACCACAUGCAGAAGACCCCCAGGUUCUACUCCUUGCACAAGGACGAGCAGUCCGCCGACUACACCCUGCUGAAUCGCCUCUUCCAACAUUACAAGAAGGAGCAGCAUGAGGUGGCCACCAAAAGCAGGAUCAUCUUCAACGAGAACUAUCGCUCCACCGCAGGAAUCAUUGAGUUUGUCUCCAAACACUUCUACGUGGGCAGAGAAGAUACCAUCGGCGCCAAAGGCAACAUCCCUCCUCACCCGGAGUUCUAUCCGCUCAUGUUUUGUCACGUCUCCGGAACUGCGGAGAAGGACAGAUCCAUGAGCUGGUACAACAUCUCUGAAGUUGAACAGAUCGUCGAGAAGGUUGAAGAAAUGAAUCAGAAAUGGCCGGCUGAAUGGGGGCAGAAGGACCUCAAGUCCAUCUGCGUGGUCUCUUCUGGCAUACAGGUGAAAUUGAUCCGAGACAGGUUGAGAAAAAGAGGCUUUUCAGAGGUGACUGUGGAGAACGAUGACAACCUACCAGGGCGAGAAUUCCGUGUCAUCAUCAUCAACACCAUCCACACUUGCAACAGCCUCAACCAUGUCAGUUCCUCCAACCUGGAGUAUUUCAACAACGCGCGAGUGUUGAACACCAUCAUAACCAGGGCUCAGUCGCAGGUCAUCACAGUCGGAGACGCUGUCGCGCUGUGUUCUCAUGGCCAGUGCAGCAAGAUCUGGAAAAGUUUCAUCAAGAAGUGCAUUGAGAAGAAGUCCAUCACUCCGGAGAACCUAACCUUGGAGGAGAUAAAGCAGGUGGUGUCCGAUUGGGCCAGCUGGAACAGAGGAAGCUCUGAAUCCGAGGAAGAAAGUAGCGAUACGGACUCCUGGGUCUCCGACACAGAGAGUUUGAAUCUUGAUGAUCCGAUACUGCAGGAACUCUUGGAUGAAAGCAAAGAGAUGAUGGUGACGGUCACUGAGGAAGGUCUGCUGAAGGUGAAGUCGAAUGUCUCGGUCCCCGAAAGCAGAAGGCACGAGUAUGUCAACUAUCCCUCGCAAACGAUGCAGCAGUAUUUGCAAAUGCAGCCCGACCGAUACAAACGCUGCGGAUUCGUCCAAGAACGGUUUGAUCAAGCUUCCGCCUUCACUCUGGACGAGGUUCCUUCUGUGACCAUCCAGAUCAAGGGUCGACUCAACUGUGGCAUGGCCUUUACUGGAGACCAGGUCUUGGUGGAGAUCCUGACGCCCAACGUGACCUUCGAGGGCAACCCUCGUGGGAAAGUGGUGGGCAUCUUAAAAGAAGUGGAACGGCGGGAUCUCACCUUUGUCUGCAAAGUGGAUGAGUUUGAUCUCCGGGUCAUGAUCCCCCUUGAACAGUCUGUCACAAAAAUCUUUGUCCCUCCAUUGAAUCCUGAUGCUGAUCGUGGUGCUAUUCCCAUCCGCAAAAUUGACCAGGCGGGAAAUAUCAAGUUGAAGGGCUGGAAGAAAAUAACCCCAGAAAACCGGAAGACAUGCCUUUUCAUGGUACAAAUCGUGAAAUGGAGAGAAGGCUAUUACUACCCUAUGGGAAUUGUUACGGAGGUUCUUCCUUUGGCUUCCUCACUAGAUGAUGGGCUUCGUAUUCUGGAUUUGGAAUAUUGUUUGUCCAAUGGAUAUCCUGCCUCGGUGACCAGCCAGGUGGCCAAAUUAAUCUCCCGUCACCCAUCUCUGAUGAGAGAGGAGAGGAAAGACUGUCGGGCUCACUCUACUUUCACAGUUGACCCCUUGGGGACUAAAGACCUGGACGAUGCCAUCAGUGUCCGAGAUAUGGGUGACAAAUAUGAGAUUGGGAUCCAUAUUGCUGACGUGGCCUCAAUGGUCUCCAAAGAUUGUCCUUUGGAUAUAGAAGCCAAGAAGCGAGGGUCAACUUAUUAUGCUCCCGAGAAGGAGCCCAUAUAUAUGUUGCCACCCCAGCUCAGUCAAAAUCUCUUCAGCCUCCUUCCUCACAAGGAACGUUUGGUGAUCUCCCUCUUUGUUGUACUGGAUAAGACCACCGACCAUAUGGAAAGAAUUUCCUUUGCCAUGUCCAUAAUCUGCUCCGAUCGACAGAUGACUUAUGAGGAAGCUGAAGGAAUAAUUAAGAACCACUACAAAAUAGAGGCACCAUCACCUCGUUUUGACACCUUAGAGGAUUGCAUUGCGAUGGCGUAUCAUUUCUCCCGUGUCCACCGGAAGUCCAGGCUUCACGAAGACUGUCAUUAUGACCAGUUGGAUGAAGAAAUUCCUUUAGGUCAGCGAUGUUCUCACCAGAUGAUUGAGGAGUUUAUGAUUCUCUUCAACAGUUCUGUGGGAGAUCUGCUCACAAACCGGGAUCCUACCAGAAAUUUAACCCCUCUUCGUUGUCAGACGGAGCCCAAUCAUCAGCAAAUCUCCCAAAUGCAGGACAAAUACAGAGAGAUCAUUCCUCUCUCCACCCACCUCUCCCAUCAUCUAGGAGUUCCAACUGGUGAUGUCCCCGUGAGGACCAGCCAUCCCUUCGUUCUUUUGACUUCCUCGUGGGAACAUCUCAAGUCAGCGGCCAAUGACCGUGACUUCGCCAAGAUGCUUGACCUCAUUACCACAGAUGACAUCCAUCCCAAACUUGCUCCCAUCAAUUUGGAAUUUCGGAAGCUCCUGAACCGUUCUUAUUUUCUUCGUUCCAAUUCCUGCCCUCAGUCCAAGAUGGGCCACUACUCUUUGCACGUGGACUCGUACACCUGGGCUACCUCUCCGAUUCGGCGCUACAUGGAUGUUGUUGUUCAGCGGCAUAUCAUCUCUCUGAUUUCGAAGAAACCCGUCCAGUACUCCCAACCAGAGAUUGAAUUCAUUUGCCACGAUUUCAACCGGAAGAACAGCAGGGCCAACACGUACAAGCGAAGAGUCCAAUCUUUGGAACUGGCCACCCAGUUGAAAUGCCAGGUUCAAAAGAAGUUUGCUUUCGUUGCCAGCAUUGAAGGGAAGGCCAAGAACUUCAAACUCUUGUUUCCUCUCAACAAGGAUACCUUUCCAGAUAGUCCCUGCAUCAAUUAUAGAGCCCUUCAGUUGGUGUCCCAACCAGAUUUUAUCGAGGAGCGGAACAGUAUGAAGCUGACAUGGAGGAGAAGAGUUUACUCCUUGGUAGUCAAAAAGGACAACGAAAAGAGGUCAGAGAUCGGAGGGAACGUCUUUCACUUCCAUGGAGAUGUGUGGCAUGAAAUCCUUGCAGCUGUCAAAAAUGAAGACUACGAGAAGUUAACCCACCUCCUGGAGAAGAAUUACACCCUGGAGCCCAAAUGUGUGGGGUUAAUGGUGAGGAGUAAGUGCUUACACUACAAAGAACUGUCAGUGGAACUUAAAGUUGGAGAUGUGCUGAAUUUCCAACUGACCACCGAUGUCCAACGAGGCUUCCUGGUGCCGUUUGUGCAGCUGUGGACAGUAGCUCCUGGCUUUGAGGUGUGCUUGGAACACACCGAGAGACCCAUCGAUUGCUUCUCCAAGUACACUUCCCAAGCCCCAAAGAACAUUUACAAGGAUGCCUCCGAUUAUCGCAAAGUGUGGCUGCCUCUUUGUGACAUAGAAGCAACUUUGGGCUCGUUGGCUGAAAACAGCUCGAUUGUCCUGCAAGACAUCCCGAUCCUUUGGAAGAAGCAGCGGACCAAAGAAGGUCAGCUCUGUGGAACCAUCAAACUCGACAAGAAGUUCCUUAAAGAAUGUGGCAUCGAAGUGGAUUUUGGCGCCUGCUACAUGUGCAUUCGCCUUUCGGGUCUACAAGAACAUGGAUUCCAGGACAAGAAAGUAGACCUCAGCCAGACCUUCCAGCAACUCAGUUUGUCUAAAGAGACAACCAAGACGGGGGAUUUCACGAUUGAUCCCAAUACGUACACUUGGGUGGCCCACGGACGCACAGAUACCUUCGAGGAGAAUGAGAAACCUGAUGACCGUGGCGAAGUGAUGGUGAAUUUCUAUAUCCAUUUUACAUCCAUGGAGAAGAUCCCCUUUGAGGUCAUGCAGAAGAGCUCAAGGUUCAGUGUGGAGCUGAUUCCGAAGCAGCUGCCCGACGUCCGGAAAGAAAAAGCAAUUUGGAACCUGGAGUAUGCUUCGAAACUUGCCCAGAGGAUAGCACUGGGUCAUCCCAUUCCAACCCAAAGAGCAAAACCUUCCAAUAUCUUGAAGAGAUGGAAUUUUGACAUCCCGGGCAGUAGCCGGAAACUCAAUCCAAGUCAACAGAGUGCCAUCCGGGAGGCACUGGAAAAGUCUUUCACUCUAAUCCAAGGGCCGCCAGGCACCGGGAAAACCGUGGUUGGUGCUCACAUUGUGUACUGGUUUCACCAGCUCAAUCACGAGAAGAAUGGAAACCCAACUCAACCUGGGGCGAUGCCUCCAAAGCCAGCCAAGAGUGAUGCCUCCAGAGCCAAGAGCCACAUUCUGUACUGUGGACCUUCUCACAAAUCGGUUGAUGUUGUUGCUGAGAUGCUCAUGAGGAUGCCUGGUUCCUUCAGGCCUCUGAGGGUCUACGGAGAUACGAUUGAGACAAUGGAUUUUCCUUAUCCUGGCAGCAACCUCCAAAUUUCUCGAAAAGCUCAGCGGAACGCAAAAUCGAAACCAGAGAUCAGGCGUAUCACUUUGCACUAUCUGAUCCGGGAAAAAAGCAAUCCUGACUCGGGAAGGAUCCUCGAGUUUGAUGAACGAGUGAAACGUGGAGAAGAGAUCACCGAAGAUGAAAUUGAAGGGUACAAACGGCUAUUGAACAGGGCGCGGGUAUUUGAAUUGGAACGCCACGACAUCAUUCUCUGCACGUGCUCCGCCUCUUCGUCCAACUUCCUCGCCGAGCAGCUCAACGUCAAGCAGGUGCUGAUCGACGAGUGCGCCAUGUGCACGGAGCCCGAAACGCUCAUCCCGUUGGUCAGAUACAAGAAGAUCGAGAAGGUUGUCUUGUUAGGAGACCAUAAGCAGCUGAGACCCGUGAUCCACAGUGACUUCUGCAAGAAGCUCGGGAUGGAGAGGUCCCUCUUUGAGCGCUACCAUAAAAAGGCUGGGAUGCUCAACAUCCAGUAUCGCAUGCACAAGGACAUCUGCAGGUUCCCAUCCGGGGCUUUUUACAACCAUAAACUGAUGACCUGUCCCAAUAUCGUUCGUGGAAGCAGCAUGCUCUACCACCGUAGCGAAUACGGAUGCACCCCCAUCAUCUUUGGCCACAUCGAGGGCAGAGAGAGGUCGCUCAUGGUCUCCACGGAGGAGGGGAACGAGAACUCCAAAGCCAACCUGGAGGAGGUGCAGCACGUGGUGAGGAUCGCAAAGCAGCUGACCCUGGAUGGAACCACCAGGCCAGACCAGAUCGCCAUCCUGACUGGCUACAAUGCCCAGGUCACCGAGAUCAAGAAGCAACUCGCUCUGUAUGGCAUGCGAGACGUCACCGUUUGCACCAUCAUGAAAAGCCAAGGCAGCGAAUGGAAAUACGUCAUCGUGUCCACAGUCCGCUCCUGUAACCGGCAGGAGAUUGACGAGAGGCCCACGAAGAGCUGGCACUGUAAACAUCUCGGCUUCGUAGCAGAUCCAAAUCAGAUCAAUGUCUGUCUCACUCGGGCGCAGGAAGGUCUCUGUAUUAUAGGAAACAGCUAUCUUCUUGGGACCCAUCCUUUGUGGUCGGAACUUCUGUUUCAUUACAAGUUGUGUGGAUGCUUUACCUCAGCCGGCGAAAUUAAGAUUAAGAAGAGGACCAGUCUUCGCUUGUAAGAAGGCACUACGGGAAAAUUCCUUCUUUCUUUUUAAUCUCCUGGGCACGGAGGCCGUGCCCAAAUUCCAGGAGAUGGCAUUUGCCAACACUGAGCCAAAAUCUAGAGCCUGGUGGCUGAGGAGAC